AUGACGGAACGCGGGUCCUCUGUCCCUGGUCUAGAGGAGCCGGAGCAGGCAACUCGAAAUGGCCAUGGCUUGGACCCCAAGCCAACGCAUCGGUCUGAGGAUACAUUGCAGGCCCUGUCAUUAUUAAACGACAAGCCAGAGCCUCGACAGGCUGCACAAACUACCACCAAGCAGGCUCCCAAAUCCGCCGCCGCAGAAAUAUCCGAGGCACAAGCAACCCUCCGACAAGCUUUCCCUCACGUCUACGCAUCUGGGCGAGCACCCUCCACCCGCUCGUCAACAAGUUCUUUACAGGCACUAAAUGAGGAUAUCGUGGUCGAUGUUCGGUCGGAACAAGGUGGGGUGGGACGCAGCCCUCGCAGGACCUCUCGACACUCCGAACACAUUCCUGAAUAUCCCGUUUACCCCGACCAGUCCUAUGCCUCCCUCCAGUCCCAAAUCCAUCCGACCUACCAGCUGCCGCAUCUCGGGUCGCGCAGUUCCUACCCAUCGCAGGCAGAGCCGACUCCCCGCUUCCCCCGCGUAUCUCGUACGGCCGGGAACACCCCGCUGUCGAGCCCCGGUCUCUUCUCGAUCAGGAGUCAUCGGCACACCCCGUCUAUGGGUUCGGAUGACGGAAAUGCGAUUGGCAGCCCAUUUCUUCACCCCACGCAUCUGCAGCCGCCCAAGGAAACUCACACCGCCGAAGUGGAUCGCGAUCUGGUGACUGGGAAUAAAGUCAUCAAUCAGUAUGAGAUCCUUGAGGAACUGGGACGGGGAGAACACGGCAAAGUGAAGCUGGGUCGCCAUAUCACCACCAAGCAACAGGUCGCCAUCAAGAUCGUCCAACGAUACUCCAAGCGACGUCGACUCGGGAAGCUGGGCAAUCCAGAAGACAAGGUGAAGAAAGAGGUUGCGAUCCUGAAGAAAGCUCGGCAUCCCAAUGUUGUCAGUUUGCUCGAGGUGAUUGAUGAUCCCAACCGGCAAAAAGUCUACAUUGUGUUGGAAUACGUUGAAAAUGGAGAAAUUGUCUGGCGAAAAAAGGGCUUACGAGAGAUUGUUCAUGUUGACAAGCUACGUCUGGAGCAAGAGAGUCAGCAAUUCAUUCGGACGGCGCAACACCUACGCCGUCAACGACAAAGGGCCAGGGAACGGGUUGAAGCGCAGGCCGCAGAUGCACAACAAGGGCCUAUUCCCGCCUGGAGUCUGGAGCAUGGUGCAGACUCCUCGGAUGAAGAAGAUGAUGAUGGGCUAGGGCUAGCAAUCAGGCGGUCAUCCACCCGAUCGGUCGCAGUCACGGAUUCAUCCCCCAGUCAAUCGUCUGGCCAAGAUUCAACCCUGGCUGCUGUCGAGGGCACUAUGUACGGUGCCUACUCAGAUUAUCCCUUUGAAAGACGAUUCAGCACAGCAUCCAGCAGCUUCGGCUAUGCUCCGUCCGAGCCAGAGUGGUCUGCCGAUGCGGAUGACCUGUCUUAUGUCCCCUGCUUGACCAUUGCUGAGACUCGAAACGCCUUCCGAGACUCCGUCCUUGGACUAGAAUACCUCCAUUUUCAGGGUAUCAUUCAUCGUGAUAUCAAGCCAGCCAACCUCCUGGUCACCAGCAACUAUCGCGUUAAGAUCUCCGAUUUCGGCGUGUCUUAUCUGGGACGGCCAUUGCAUGAUGAGGAAGAGGAGCAACUAGGCGAAGGCGAAACUGAUGCAACAGAGUUGGAUGAUGCCCGUGAGCUAUCCAAGACCGUCGGUACGCCUGCGUUCUAUGCCCCGGAAUUGUGUUACACUGGUGAUGACUUCCUGGAAACCAUUGGGUCAGUGCCCAAGAUUACAGGAGCCAUCGAUGUCUGGUCUCUGGGAGUUACUUUGUACGGCAUGGUCUUUGGACGUCUCCCUUUCGUGUCAGAUGACGAGUACAGCAUGUUCCAGACCAUCGUGAAGAAGGAGGUCUUCAUUCCACGUAAACGUCUAGUCCCUGUUAUGGACGAAUCAUUGGACGUCGCUCAGGAAUCAUAUCGCAAUAGCGAUGAACUUGUCUACGAGGAGAUUGACGAUGAGCUAUACGACCUGCUGCGGCGCCUGUUGACCAAGGACCCCUUCAAGCGCAUUACUUUGAAGGAGAUCAAACACCACCCGUGGACCCUACACGGUCUUCCCAAUCCACGGGCUUGGGUGGAGGAGAGUGACCCAGGCUAUCAAAGCAAGGGCAAGAGGAUCGAGGUUUCCAACGAAGAAGUCACCAGCGCUGUCAGCAAGGUGCCAUUCAUCCAGCGGGUUCGCUCCAAUGUCGCAAAAUGGUUUGGCGGCCGGUCUUCCAAGGAUAAGGAGAGUCGCAAGCGAACAAAUAAUUCCUCGGACACGUUGUCUUCCGUCUCGACCAUAAGUACAUUCGGCAAAACUCCGUCUGGUAGUCGCCGAUCAAGUUUGAAAGGAGAUGAGGACAUUCGGGGAUCCAAGUUCAUCCCAGGAGAACAUCCACUCGCUCAGAGUGUCACAGCAAGCCCAGUGGAUGAAGUAUCAUCCUGGGGCAAUUACUUCGAUGAUGCGGUUAUACCCGAAAUUCAAAAGACUGCUGCCGUCCCGAGUGUAACAUCCCGACCCGGCCCUCCUCGGCGCGCCAAGUCCUCGAUGUCUACUGCAGACUCUACAAAGACCGUCAAGCAGUCCAAUUUCGACGCUACGCCGACGAACAGACCGCGAACUGGGACUCCGUCGAUCAUCGAAGCUUUGGGAACCUCCAGCUUUGGAAGUCUUUUCAGUGGUGCUCACCGCCGCGGCUCCCGGGGUUCUUAUGGUAGCCGAAGCCGUCGUACUUCCCCGUCUGGCGAUGCAAUUGCUUUGGAUGGAGACCGUCGGUCUGAACCCAGCCUUGCCGUGAGCAAUGCUUCAGCAGUUGGUCAUUUGCGAACGACAGGCUUAUGGCAUGCUGCAAGCCCUGCACCUUCUCGUGUUCCGGCUACGGCAUCUGCACACCGGCGCAACCGCUCUCAACAGCUUACGAGCAAUUCAUCUGCAGAAUCAUUCCACCUCACCAAGGAGGCCCUUUUGCGCCGCAGAAGAAGCGACAUCGAGCCCAGUGCAGAUAAUGCACUGGCUCCUCACAUUGAAAGCGCGAUGGUCUCAACCGACUCCCUCCACUUGCCAUUAUUGGCACCUCCUUUGGAUCCCCAACCUUCUGCCGACCCUCCUCGCAAUGGCCUGACUACUUCUACCCCCUCUGCUGCUACUAUCUCUUCCUCCUCUGCCGAUGACUUCACGAGCGGCAUGUCUCAGAGCGCUUCUCAUCCUAGCAUUCCGUCUGUCAUCUCAGGUGCUUCAUCUCUUUCUGGUGAUAGCUUUUACCAGUCUAAAGACAAAGACUCGGAUGACUUAACGACGGUGCCUUCUAUCCUUCGGACGGGUGAGACAAUCAAAGCCCAUCAAGCCUCCCCUCGCCCAUCCGAGGAAGACGAGUCCAGAUACUACUGUGACGAUGAGGACGAGGACGAAGAGUCAGAAGAAGAAAUUCUUGUGAUUGGAAAGAAGAAGCCAUCUACCAAAGCCCCUAUUCCCACUGGCAAGAAAGCCAGCGCCUAA